GAGUCCGCCUCGUCAGCUUUAGGAUUCCUGUGGGCGGAGAGGAGAUUCCGGUUCCGGGUGUCUUCAUUUCCCAGUCGGAGGUUUUUAGACCUCCGAUUAUGAUAUUUUACCAUAAAACUUCUCUUCACUGACGACUGAUUAAAAUACCAAUUGCUUCACUGAAACAAGCCCCGCUGAAGCAGUGAACAUGACGACCCGCUCGGAGAGAGAGAAGGCCCAGAAACUUAACGAGCAGCACCAGGCCAUCCUGUCCAAAAUGCUGAGGGAGGAAGACAACAAGUACUGCGCCGACUGCGAAGCGAAAGGUCCAAGAUGGGCAUCCUGGAAUCUGGGAGUUUUCAUCUGCAUCCGGUGUGCAGGCAUCCACAGGAACCUGGGAGUACACAUAUCCAGAGUGAAAUCAGUCAACCUGGACCAAUGGACCUCAGAACAGAUCCAGGUACUGUUUCCUGUCUUUGACUGAGGUUAGCAAAGCUUUCAAACGCAUGGGAGGAGUAUCAUCUCAAAGAGCCUUUAAAUGAUACCAGGACAUAAAAUUCUGGGGAAAUUUAUGGUCAAUUAAUUUAUAUUGAAACAUGUGAUGAAUUUAAGACAUUGCCAUAAAACAUUAAAAGAUUAUCCUCAAUAUGACGUAGCUUUUUAUAGUGGUUCCACAUAUUCAUGUGUUGAUUUCUAACAUUCGUAUUAAUAAUCAAAGAGGUUACAUUAGUUUCAAGAGGAUGUGAUAUUAGUUCUGUAAAAACUGGAAUAUUCAGACCUUGACUAAAAAGGCAUUCAGCUUCCAUUAAUUUUCAAAA